AUGCGUCCACUUCCGAAGGUCAGCAAGGGUCGCCGCCAGCAACCGCUGACAGGACCCAGGCCCUCCAAGCUCGUUGUCCUUGCGCUGGUCACAGCCGCCGUGCUCUUCAAUUGCCGAAACCCCAACUACCUGGACGCCGCGGCGGGGGACAGGAAGGAGGAUGCGUGGGUGGGCAACCACCUGCCAGAGGGGCUUGCGGCGCAAGCCGUCGUGACGCUCCUCAUGGCCGCCGCCUACUGCCUGGCGCGGGGCAGCCCGGCGCGCCGCCCCUGGAGCGCCGCUGAGGCCGUCGCGGCCGCCGCCUGCCUGGCAGGCACUGCGCUGCGGGCCUGGUGCUUCAGCGCCUUGGGCCGGCUGUUCACUUACGAAGUGUCCAUCCGCACCAGCCACCAGCUGGUCACCACCGGCCCCUACGCCCUGCUGCUGCACCCCAGCUACACCGGCACUGCGAUGGUGGCGCUCGGCUUCUGCGGCUAUAUAGGCCUGCUGCGCCGCUGGCGGGGGCUGCUUGCCGUGAUGAUGACUGUCGGCGCCGCGCUAGGCAAGCCCGGCCAGCUGGUGCUGCGGGAUGUCCUUCGCAUCAUCAACGAGGAACAAGUCCUUCUGGAGCACUUUGGUGCCCAGUGGCAGCACCACGCUUCGAGCCGCUGGAGGCUGGUGCCGCUGCUGUUUUAG